AAGCAAGGCGGGUAUACACAAUAACAUGCUUCUCUAGUUCUCUCCCUCCGUCCACAUCUCUCGCCUCCCGAUAAGACAGCGACAGAGAGACAAGCCCAGCUUCCCUUCCUCCUCCGCUCCUCCCUACCUCCGCUCUCGACUCUCGGCCGGGAGAUCGAACACUCCGCCAACAAGCUGCUCGAGCCACCGGAGCAGGGGGGAUCGAGGAGGAGGAGGAGGAGAAGAACAAACUACAGAGGGGCCUCUGCCUUGCCUAUCAACAGUAUCUGUCAAUCUACCGGCCGACAUGGACUCGGACCACUGGAUCUCGCGCCUCGCCGCCGCCAAGCGCUUCUACGCCGCGCAGCUAGGCCACGGCGAUCGGGGGAUGGAGGAGCUGGACAUGGACAACGAGGAGGAGGAAGGGGGCAGGGCGGCGGAGUUCGCCUGCCCUUACUGCUACGAGGACCACGACGUCGCCUCCCUCUGCGCGCACCUCGAGGAGGAGCACCCCUUCGAGCCCCACGCCGCGCCUUGUCCCAUCUGCUCUCAUAAGAUUACAAGAGAUAUGCUUAAUCAUAUCACCAUGCAACAUGGCUACUUGUUCAAGAAUCGCCGCAGGUUGCGCAGAUUCACCGUUCCAGGCAGCCAGUCCCUCUCUUUGCUGAGCCGGGAUCUGCGAGAAGCCCAUUUGCAGUUGCUUCUAGGAGGUGGUGGACAUAGGUCAAGCAACAACAACGCCACAAAUAUUUCAGCCGAUCCUCUCCUGUCAUCAUUUGGCCUUAGCAUCCCAACACCAGAUGCUGAGGAAACAUCGAUAUUGCCUAUUUCUGCUCCCAGUGAUGCAUCCGUGCUAAAAGAGACGCAUGUUCAGCCGUGGCAGUCAAGUAUUGACUCAUCCCUCACCAGCGAAGAAAGGGAGCAAAAGCGGGAACAGGCCAGUGGCAGAGCAACAUUUGUGCAAGGCCUACUGCUGUCUACACUUUUCAGGGACUAUUAACUCGAGGCGAGGCAAUGUUAUCCCUAGACGGGGGCCUCCUGAUGCGGACUCGCAAAGAUCUUCAAGUUGCUGGCUGUAGUAUCAUCCAUGGCAGGCAGACAGGCGUACUCCUGGAGUGUCUUAGCCUCUGGCUUUGCCUCUAGUAGGGAAGUGCAGAGUUGAUGUGGGCAUGAGUGUCCUAAGUUAUUGUAGCCGGUCUGUUGUCUCCAUUUCCAUCACAGUUCGCAAUCAGCAUAUCAUGACUCUGCAGAUCGCGGUUACCUUCUGUAUGUUUUAGAAGUAUUGGUUUGUUUGUACCCACGUAAUAAUAAUAUCUUGUGCAACGGCAGAGUGCUUUGCCGUGUAUCACUUGUGA